GCGGCGGAGGAGGCGGCGGCGCCGGGGACCGUCCCGCCGCCCUCGGGCCCGCCGGGGCUGCCGGGACACCGCAGCGCGGAGCGCGCCCUGGAGGAGGCGGUGUCCACCGGCAGGCUCAACCUCUCCAACCGGCGCCUGAAGCAGUUCCCCCGGGCCGCCGCCCGCGCCUUCGACCUCUCCGACAUCACCCACGCAGACCUGUCCCGAAACCGGUUUCCCGAGGUGCCCGAGGCGGUGUGCCAGCUGGUGUCCCUGGAGGGCCUGAGCCUGUAUCACAACUGCCUGCGGGGCCUGAACCCCGGACUGGGCAACCUCACUGCCCUCACCUACCUCAACCUCAGCCGGAACCAGCUGUCGUCGCUGCCGCCCUACGUGUGCCGCCUGCCCCUCCGCGUCCUCAUCGUCAGCAACAACAAGCUGGGGGCCUUGCCCUCCGAGCUGGGCGCCCUGGCCGGCCUGCGCCAGCUGGACGUGAGCAGUAACGAGCUGAAGUCUUUGCCCCCCCAACUGAGCGGCCUCGAGGCCCUGCGGGACCUCAAUGUCCGGCGGAACCACCUCAGUGCCCUCCCCGAUGAGCUGGGGGACCUACCCCUGGUGCGCCUCGACUUCUCCUGCAACCGGGUGGUCCGCAUCCCCGCCUCCUUCUGCCGCCUGCGUCACCUGCAGGCCAUCCUGCUGGACAGCAACCCGCUGCAGAGCCCCCCUGCCCAGAUCUGCCUGAAGGGGAAAUUCCACAUCUUCAAAUACCUGUGUGCCCAGGCCAGGGGAGGUCGGGGGGACCCCGGGCUGGGGGAGCUGGAGCCCGCUCCCCCGUCCUCUGGCUUCAGCCCCUGCCCGGCCGAGGAACCGUUCCCCGGACGGCCCAGCGGGGGUCUGGAUUCCGGCUUUCACAGCGUGGACAGUGGCAGCAAGAGGUGGUCGGGGAACGAGUCGACGGACGAGUUUUCCGAAUUGUCGUUCCGGAUCUCGGAGCUGGCGCGGGAGCGCCGCGGGCCCCCCGAGCGCAGGGAGAACGGGGCCGGCGAUGGGCACUCUGAGCGGGUAGACUACAUUGACAGCAAUGAGGAGGAAGAGGAGGAGGAGGAGUGCCGCUCACCGCCCAAGGUGAGGCCCGGGGCCCGGGAGUCAGAAGGACCUGGAUCCUCAUCCCGGCGGGAGGACCCGGCCGGGGAGGAGCGGCGCCGGCCGGACACCCUCCAGCUGUGGCAGGAGCGAGAGCGGAAGCAGCGGGAGCAGCAGCAGCAGGGGACGCAGCGGGGACCGCUCAAGAGGGACAGUUUCCGGAAGGCCACGAGCGGAGCCUCUGGGGCCAGCACCAGCACCCCGGCCACCCACAACGGCCCCACCGAGGGCAGUAACCCUCAGCCCGGAAUCUCUGUUGUGCUCCCAUCCCCCGAGCCGCUCCCCUCUCCGGGGCCAGCCUCGGUCCCGUACUCCAGGCCCCCCGGUUCCAUCCAGAGACCCAACAGCUUCCUGUUCCGUUCCUCUUCCCAAAGCUGCAUCCAGCCUGGGAGCCCUGGGACCCUCCCACCCAGCCCGACCUCCCCCGACUCCUGCUUCCUCCUCCCUUCCUCCUCCGGCCUGAGACCCCGGCGUCCCCUCCCAACCCUCGACGAGAGAGAGACCGCAUCCCAGCUCCGCCAGGUCCUGGAGUCGCGGCUGCAGCUGUCGGUGCCCGAGGACCUGGGAGAGGCCUUGGCCGACGGGGUCCUGCUGUGCCAACUGGCCAACAAGCUGCGGCCCCGCGUCGUGCCUACGAUCCACGUGCCCUCACCCGCCGUGCCAAAGCUCAGCGCCGUCAACUGCCGCACCAACGUGGAGAGCUUCCUCGAGGCCUGUCGGAAGAUGGGGGUGCCCAAGGCCGAACUGUGCCCAGCCUCCGACCUCCUCCAGGGCAGCCCCCGCGGCCUGCGCACGGCCCUGGACGUCUCGCGGCGGGCGCUGGGGGCGGGGGACCCCGGCCCGGCCCCGCCUGGGCCCGCCCCCGCCAACCUGGCCGGCUUCGCCCUGUUCUACGUCGCCGUCAUGCUGGUGCUCUAUGUGGCCUACGCACGGCUCGUCGGCCCCUAGGGCCUCCGCCCCGGGUCGCCGGGACCACCCACCCGCACGACACCCAUCCACACACACACACACACACACACACACAGUGCCUAUUUAUAAGCCUUCCCCUUCUUCCCCUUCUUCCCCUUCCACAUGGCCGGGCCAGCUUGCCGGACCAGAGGUGCCUUCAAUCCCCUCCCACCACUCCCCCACCAACCCCUGGGCCGGAGCCCCAUCCUCGUCUGUCCGUGUCCACCCCCACACUGCUGACCUCACAGCCCCCACCCCUCUCCAGGGAUGGCCACUCUUUGCCCCCAUCUCUGGAUGUGCAGUGUGUUUAUGUGGGUGGGGGGCGGGGGGAUGUUGCCUGUACAUUCUCUCUCUCUCUCUCAGAAACACAGACACACACACACACACACACUCCCCCUCUCCCUGCCUCCUCCCUCCCCCAUAUCUCGGGGUGGGGUGAGGGGGCGGGCGGCUGCGUGUUAAAUUAUCUCUGUUUUCUAGAGAAGCUCUUUGUACGUGUCCGCGUCCGUGUGCCCCCGGGGCCGCCCUCGCCCUGUCUGCGUCUCGUGUAUAAACUGUACAGAUCGUGUCCA